GAGAUUGAGCUUCUGGCUGCAGACUGCUGCACAUAAGCUGCUUUAGGGGCUGCUUGGCCCAGCUGGAUUGCUUGCAUGACAAGUAUUUGGUUGUGUGGGUGGUUGGAAAGCAGAUGUGAAGAUAUCCUAAGGGAAAUUCAUAUUACGACCCAAUCCAAAAGGGCUGGAGAUCAACGCUUCUUCCAUAUUAAGUAGCUUUCUCAGUAUUCAACAGAGGAAUUUAUUGUAUUGAAAUGCAGCAUUUUUUAUUAUUCCUUCUGCUUUGUGUUACUGCAUGCCACCAUGCCAUUUGUUGGCAACAAUAAUUAAAGAUUAUGCACCUUCAGGAUGAAAUACUAUUGUGAAAAAUGUUGCUAGAUGAAAUACUGUCAUGGGAAAUGUUACGUAAAAUGUUAUUUCAAUGUGAAAUCUAGCACCGUGCCCCAAACUGUAUCUAAACACGUCCAGAUUUUCUUGCAGUAACAACAAAGAAUCAAAGCAAAGACAAAAUCAUCCCUCAAAAAAUUCCACCUAAGAAAAAGAAAGUCAAAGAGAAACCAGCCCCAACUUUGAUCAACCUGGACAUUAAACCUCUCCUUGCUGGUGAUAAAUCAGUCACAAAUACAUCAGAAAAAUUAAUCCAUGGAUUAUUGGAUGCUCUUUUCACUGUAUCAGUGGAUAAAUCACUAAUGUCAGAGGAGGUGGAGAGGGAAUUGAACCCAAUGGUCAUCCGUAUUUUUUCAGCCAGCUCAAUGCCAACAACACCCGUACCAUUACAUGUGCUGCAGGAAAAAUGUGACCCUGUGUACUGUCAGUAUCAAUUUUAUAACCUGCCUUGUCAUCAAACUAAAGGAACUGAACAUGGAACAGAGAUUACCUUCAAGGAUAUCAAUGUGAUUCUAACAGGGAUCAUCAAUCCAGCCAAACUCAAAGAGUAUUUCCAGGGUCCACCACUGGCGAUAGAAGUCCACGACCGUGACAGGAAGAUGAAACCACAAUCCCAGCCACCAGCAUUGUUUGGCACUGAACCUGAAGAUACCAAACUGAGCAACGUUGGCCUUGUUAGCAAUAAACGCACUAUUCACGACCCCUUCAUGGAAACAAAUAAAUCUUGGGAUCCUUAUGGCGUUGCAAAGCUGAGUUUCUCAGAACUGGUUUAUGGUGAAACGUGCUUGAAUGUUGCCGUCUCCAUUCAGAACUGUGACUUGCCAGAUCCAUUAGGUUAUCAACCCCAUGGAUUGAAUGGACAUAUUGCAGGUGUUGCAGGAGCUGUUGAUGGACCAGUGGGAAAGCCAUUACCAAAAGGUCAUUAUCUAGACUCAAACACUGUCCUCAAUGUGAGAGUUCAACUGGCUUAUCCAUUAUCAAAAAGGAAGGAAUAUAUCCCAAUUGGACUAGAGGAGUGCCAAUAUGGUCGGAUUAUAUACAUUUUUGAUUAUAAAAACAGAACCUUUCUUCAUAGUCUACUAGGUCAAAUUAAUGCAAUUAAUUCUCUAACUCUUUGUGCGGAUUCACAGUCAAGUGAAAACGGAAUAGUGGAGGCCGAACUGAAACCAGAUUCUGAACUGAAAGGCAAUUCCCAAAGGAAUAGUAUUUCAGGUUCUUUUAUGGACAUUGAUUCAAGUUCUGAUCAGGAUAUUGUGACAGGUUUUCACGUAAUGGAUGGAGUAUUUCACCUCUUUGUUUUGGAGGGUCUGAAGAACAAAGGACUCAAGACAUUGUGGGAGAACCUUGGCGGAUCCAUAGCUGAAGGAGAAGAGAAGGUUAAAGUUCUGUACAAUUCUGACUUCAGUUUUGAUCAGCGGUUAUAUACAAAUUUAGGAGAUAGAUUUUAUCACAUGCACCUCCAUGAGCCUUUAAGUGCAAUUAUAAAGCAACCUUUGUUAUAUGUCAGGGAUAUGGCACCUCAGGACUGUGUACAGGCAUUGUACAGACUUCAAUACCUUUGCUUGGCUAAGAAGCUGAGAGAAGUGGUACAGGGUGACCUCUUCCCAACAGCAGCAAUGAUAACAGUUCUGAGCCGGGAGUUUGGCAUCCCAGCCUCUGAAACUGAUCCACAUAUCCUCAGCGGCUUGCCAGCCAUCCCAUCAUUACUCAUUUCUGAAAUUGCACCAUCAAAAAAGGCUUACCGUACUCCACUGGACAUUUACAAUAUGAGAUAUGUACAGACCAAACAGAAUCAAAUAAUCCUCACAAAUCACAUUCAGAAUAACAUCGAUGCAGUUUAUGAAGCCAGCAAGUUGACUGAAAUCAAACCAAGGUCAAUAGUGUAUGUGCCACCUGAAGGGAGAAAGGUACACAACUAUUCCAUUCAGACCUUCAGCUCCUCGGAGAAGGCAAAGCAAUUGUUGCGGGAGGAAAUGGCUCUGACGCCAAGGCAGAGGUUCACGUACAGUCAAACGUUCUUGUGGGGAACAGUGGCUCCCGUGGACAUUAUCAAAGAGGAAAAGAAGGCAAAGAAAAGAUCAAAGAAAGCUUGUUUAACCUUUGAUGGAUUCCGAUUUCCGGGAUACAAAAGCAGCUUGGAGGCAAAUGAGCAUCUACACAAACCUGAUGAAGCACGAAUAGAUGAACUUAAAAAGCCUUGGAAGGAAAAUAUUCUCCAUCGUAACCUAAAUAUGUCACUCAAACAGCGCGAUAGAUGGAAAUGGAGCGAAAGGCACAAGGAUUUUGAAUUGUAUAAGAAAGUGAGUUAUGAGCCGGUGCCAGCCAGUAUUCUCCGAGCAGAUGAUACUUUAAGAGCCGAAGAACUUGAAAGCAUUUACAAGAAUUCUGAAUGGCGUAAACCUUACAGAGAUAACACAGACUCUAAGUUAUCACCAACUCAGCUAGAAGCUGAGACAGAGCUAGACAGAUGUAUGACAGUCUGUUUGAAUCCAGCAAUUUUUCAAAAGAAACUGCACUGAGCAUUCUCCACAUCCGAAAGCUUAAUCGACUAAAUGAGGAAAUGUCGAAGAGCUAUCACUUAAAAAAAAUUAUGCCAACAGAUACCCAGUUAACUGAUUCAUUGUUUGACAAAACUUGUACUUUCGUUGUUCAAACUAAUGUGGUCGAUGUUAAUUGGCUAAGCACUCAGUUAUUCCUUUCAUCAAUACAAUGCUAAUCUGUCAUUGAACAAAACUACUGAAUUAUACCGCGUUAUCAAUUCAACUGCAUGAACAAAUACAAAGUUAUUAAUUAUUUAGUAAAUCAUCUUUUUAUUAGGAAUAAAGCAGUUUGGUUUUAUUGCCAAGUGGUAAUGCCCAGAUUAAGUUACAAGUUUUAAAAACUAAUAGCCAUAGCUAUUUCCUAAAACAUGUGGGCAAGUGGAUGUGAGCAAACAUAUUCUCCCUUAUCCAACACUUGUUGUGCAAUUUUCUUAAUGUUGUCAUCUAGGUUUCCAGGAAUCUAAUAAAGACAAAGAAAAAGCAAUGCAUUAGGAAAAAAAUAAAUAGUAGAUCAUUAGUUUUAGAAUACAUUAUUAAAGAGUUGAGUGUGAUAAUUUAAGAUUGUAGUACAGUAUAAUCUAGUGCACAGCAAAAUAGUUUUUGGAUAAUCUUUUUACAUAUACUCUUCCUCGUCUGUUAUACCUUACAAGUCAAAGGAUGAAUAAGUAAAAGUGUUUCACUGUCUUUAAUGAAUAGCAAUUUUUCCAAUCCCAACUGUCCACAUUACAUUCAAAUGUACAACUUCAAAUUGAAAUUAAGAUUAAUUAAAAUAUCAUAUUGCUACUUUAUGCUUAAAAUGUUGAUGACAUUUUGAAUCAUGUUCACUAAUUUGUCAAUUUGAUAAAGAUCAUGAUUGCAAAAUAAAUAAUGACAGAUGUGA